AUGGGAAAGGAGGUCAUGCCGUCCACCCACAGGUACAUGAAGGUGAACUUUGCUACCCGGAAGUCUGACAAGCAAGAGGUGGUGGUGAAGGUCCGCUUUAAGCCCAGCUGCUUCCGUAGCCGUCAGGAUGAGAAGAACUGGCGUCAAAAUACCGAGUUUUUGCUGAACCUGCCAGACAGUAUCGGCGUUGCAAGAAUCUACGAGGUGAUGGAGGAUCCAACGGCCUUCUACAUCGUGAUGGAGAAGGUCGAUGGCCUGGAUCUCUUCGAGACUUUGGAACACAUGCGGAAGAUCCCGGUGGCGACCACCCGGGAGAUCAUGCGUCACCUUUUAGAGUCCUUAGUCUUCUUGCAUGCACAUUGUGCAGUCCACAAGGAUUUGAAGCUUGAGAAUGUCAUGGUGGAUUGCGGAGAUGCAUUGAGCGGAAAGUCGAAAUCACUGUCAGGUUCACACCUUCAAGCCGUGAAGGUGAUUGACUUCGACACCUUGGAAUCAUGGACACCGUCAGGUUCCACGGCAAAGGACGUGGUUGGCACCGAUCAAUACAUAGCGCAGGAAGCCUAUGCGGGCAAGUAUUCACCUCUCUCCGACAUUUUUGCGUGUGGGGUGAUUCUGUACAGACUUCUAACAGGAAAAUUUCCGUUUCACGAUGACAUGUUCGACGAUGAGGCUGGCGAGAAUUGGGUGGGCUCUCCCAAGAUGGCCCAGAUUCGGCGAAGGCUGAAGGUGGCCAAGGUGGACUUCUCCAAGGAAGUCUUCCAGGAGCAUGCCGACGCCUGCGAUCUCGUCAUGAGAAUGCUGGCGUACCAAGAGAACCAGAGACCAACAGCUGCAGCUGCACUGGAACAUCCCUGGUUUCAGGAUUCCAAAGCUGCUCCGCAAGUCGUUCCUGACAUCCAGGAGCUGAUUGAUGAUGGAAUUGUGGUCGGCGAGGUCCAAUAUGGAUAUCCAGCAGUGCAUGGGAAGUUCAACCUAUUUCCGGAGUCGACGCACAAUGAAAGGUCUUCCAAGGACGGUUCUGCUUUGGAAGGGCACGGUGGGAAAGGUUUUGGCGCACCAUUUUUGCUGGGCUUUAAGCAUCACAAUCUUGCAUUUGGCGUGAUCAAGAAAGUUUUGGCUUACCAACGCUGCCUGCUAAUCGCCAAGAACUGUCGCGUAUUGAGCUGGCCCGAGCUCGAGGCGCGUUUGCCAUGUAGCCAAGUCCCGGAGCCGCAGAUCAUUGACUCGGUGCUGCAGCCGAAGAAGCCAGAGUUGAAAGGCCUCGUGCUCUUUCGUGAGAGGAAUGGUUGGUGCCCUUAUUCUGAGCGCGUAUGGCUGGCUUUGGAGGCCAAAGGCUUGGAUUACACCACAGUGUUGGUGGACAACUAUGGCUCACGAGCAGCCUGGAUCGGUGGACAAACGCCCCAGCUGCAGUGGCCAUCAGGAAAACGGCAGGGAGAGUCAUUAGACAUCAUCAAGGCCUUAGACGUUGAAUUUCCUGACAUGCCGAAGCUGUGGCCGAAUUCCGCAGUCACCGAGCUGGUCAAUGCCUUUCGGUCAACUUUUCCAAAGCAGACCAGGCCUUCCUCCCGGGCAGCCUUCCUCUUCAGUUGGAAUGGCCCCAUCUUCCGCUCUGAGUUUGAAGCGACGCUGGACAAGACUGAGGAUCUUCUAGCCAACCAUGGUGGGCCAUUCUUCCACGGCGAGCAGAUCUCUGCGGCCGACUGUGCUUGGGCUCCAUUUUUGGAGCGCUAUGCAGCUCAGCUGCCGUGCCUUCACCGUGGCCUUUGGCCUUACGACCCAUCCCAUUGGCCCCGUUUGGGUGCUUGGUAUGAAGCAAUGGACGCCAAGUUCCCGGCUUACUCUGCCCGCAUUCGCGGGGAUGAAGUGUCCUGGCGGAAGGUGCUUGCUCAGGCUGGCUAUGGCAAUGCUGGAGUGCCACCUGAUUUGGUCGAGGAAGAUGCUGAACAUCCCCAGCCUUCGGUUGGUGCUUGGGCCACAUAUGCUGCUAACCGGCCACAUGUGGCACCUACACCGCAUGAGGAAGUGGCGAAUCGCAUUGUGCGGAAUCGAGAAGCUUUGGCCAAAGAUGCUGUCGCUUCGGGUGUGAACAGUGAGGACGUCGACGAAGGCUUGCGAGCGGUGGCUACAGCGCUCCUUGAGGAGCCAAAAUGCUUGAGCAGGAGGGCUUUGUCCCUGGCGACCUACCUUGACGACCGCCUUUGCGUACCACGAGACCUUGGCUAUUUACCUGGUAAAGCACUUCGCCAGCUUGUAAGAGCUUGCCGCCCUUGCCAUCAGCUGCCUCACUUCAAGCUUGUUGGUGAGGUCGCCGAUGUAGUGAAGACCAUAGUGCUUUGCACCUGCCUGUGUGAAAGGGUACAGGGUUUUGCCAGUCCAUGCAUCAGCAAAGCACUGCUGCUCAGUGGAGUUGACAUAGAUGGUGCGAGUUCCCUUCUGGAUAGAUAG